GGACUUAGCUUCACAGUUACAAAAAACAGGAAUAAAACUACCUCUUAGCAUAGGGAAAAUUCACAAGCUAAAACAAAAGAUAAUCUCACGCACUUCCUUGCCCGUACUUACAAUUUUUGUAAUCUUAGCUGCAUCAUUUCAGGUAUGUUUUCAGGCGAUGUUUUACCUGCCUGGUCUCUCUCUCCAUCGGGAGAGGGAACAACAAAGAGUGCCACAAACACCCCCAGAUUUGAAAGUAUCUUCUUUCCUUACUGGCCCUUCUGGUCAGGUGCCAACUAGGUUAUUUGAGCUUCUUAACCCCUUACAGAUAAAGUGAUUUAGAAAAGUUUCCCAGGAGGGAUUUUGUGUUACCCGGAUCUGUAUGUUUAUGACAACUCACUAUGUCAAACUCCUGCUACUGGGGGAAAUGCCCCUCAGCACAGGUCACGGCGGCCGGGCACAGUGGGCGGGGCGCAGAUUUCGGCGCUGGGGCCCGCCAGGCUCCGCCUCUGGUUUCCCCGAAGCGCGGGGAGGGGAAUUCCGGGAGGCGGCGGGACCCGGGCGCUGCCUGAUUCGCGCUUUUCCCACGGCGGCGGAGCGCCCUUCCUGCCCCUUGGUGGCCCUCGGGCGCCGCAGCCCGUCCUUUGGGUUUCGUUUGGCCGCAGCUCGGGCUCCCGGAGCCUGCCCCGCCCGCCAUGGACAACGGCGGCGUGUACGGCCCGACCACCGAGCCGCAGAGCAAGCCCCGUACCUGCGAGUGCACCUUCACCCGGCUCAGCCGGCAGCGCCUGGUGCUCAAAGCGGCGCAAGUGCUGCUUUCCUUUUUGGCCUUCAUCCUUGAAGAAAUUGUGGAGAGUUGUAUCCUGUGUGGUGGGCUUUAUUUCUUUGAGUUUAUAAGCUUCAGUGCCACCUUUCUGAGUCUCCUGAUAUUGAUUGUGUAUUGCACCUCUGCAUAUGAUAAAGUUGAGAAGGAUAGAUUAAGAACAUUGGAUUUCUGGGUCACUACAGUAGUGGGAGUUCUCUUUUUUGUAGCUUCCAUUGUGUUUGCUGCAACCAAUGACAAGUCAUCUGUUGAAACUGUUGCAAUUGUGUUUGGCUUUUUGGCAAGUAUAGGAUUUCUAGCCGAUGGUAUUCACAUGUUUAUGGAGAAACGGAGAGGGAAGGAAAAUAAAUCAGAGAACACUGGCAACACACCGAACACACCAGAAAAUCAGCCGCUGAAUAACCAAAGCUAAACUUUAAAAAAGUCCUUUAAUUUCUAUGAGCUAAAUUAAUCAAGAUGAAAAAUUUUCAUUUCCCUACUUAUUUCACUGCAUUGAGGGUAACUUUGUCUUCUCUCUCUUUUGCAUCUAGCCAGCUUUGUACAAGUCUGACCCAAUCAUAAGCUUUUAUAGACUCUUAAUUUUUUUAACAAUAGUAUGUUGAGCAUCAGGGUUUGUACAAUUCUCCAUCUAACUUGUCCUGACUAAUAACUGUUAGAGGGACAUUCUAAAAGGAAGAAAUUGCCUCCAAAUAGAUUUUUUUUAUUUAAACAUAAAAUAGACAUCAGUAACUGAAAGCACUGAGACUUCUGAGAAGAAUGACUGUAAUACAGGCGAACUCAUCAGGCUUAAAUUCUGAGUUAUGUUUUUAAAAUAUUUAAAUUUUAUGUAAAUACAGCAGGCUAGAAUUAGAAUUCUGUUGCAUUAAUUCAUACCUACCUAUGUUGGUGAUAUCUGGCUUCUUGCCUCUGAUACUAAGAAUGACUUAGUACAAUAAAAUCCCUUCCUUGUUUUAUCGGUUAAACUGAAUGUAAAAGGGAAACUAAAUUUUGCAAUCUCAUAGAGGUUUCUAUCCUCAAAUGAGUUGUUCUUUACUUUGAUUUUAUCUUGUGUGUCUUACUCCAUACUUCUAGAUUCUGUUUUGUGUCUCUGAAAGUCACUGCUCUUUUUUAAAGGCAGGCGGUAAAACAGAUACAGCUAGCUUAUGUGUAUUUGAUAGUCAAGUGGUAUAUCCUAGAGUGACCUUUGCACUCCGUAUUUGUGGAAGUUUAAAGCUGUAAGUGAUGCAUUCUUUAAAAAUAUCCUUAAACCCAUUAAAGAAAGAAGAAAUUUGAAAAUUAGCCUUAAGAGGAAAGGUUAAGAGGCCAAUAUUUUCAACCUAGAGGAAAGAAUACUGAGAGGAGACUAACUGCCUACAAACAGUUAAAGGGAUAUAUUUUUUAAAAAGAGGGAGCAGGGACCAAUUAAUCCUUUCAGUUCACGAGGGCAGACAAAAAAUAAUUAGCUUAAGCUUUGCCAGGAAAAGUCUAACUUAAAAAUAAAAUAAUGAAACGUUGGCACCGUUCCAGUGCACAGUGUGGGAGGGAUAGCUCAGUGGUUUGAGCAUUGGCCUGCUAAACCCAGGGUUGUGAGUUCAGUCCUUGAGGGGGCCACUUAGGGAUCUGGGGCAAAAUCAGUGCAUGCAGCUCAGUUGGUGACUGGAUGAAUAAGUAAGCAAGCAGUUGUAUAAACUUCUAGACUUAAGACAGCAGCCCCUGGGAUGAAAAGGGAAGCUAUUAGUGAGCAGUGGGUUAGGCACAAGCAGUGCAAGGAUGCAAAAGACCAGACAGGUUGAGUCACAUGUGCAGGGCAGUGGUGAAAACACAUUCUUCAGAUGUUUGAAGGGUGGGAUUUUUUUGCUGGUUGGGUUCUUUUUUCUCUGUGGAAGGGGAAAAUGAGAGUCGUACACCUGCAAGGGAGGGCUAUGUAAGCAGGAUAAAUUGUAGUAAACUUCCAAGAGAAUAUGAGGCGCUCCAAGUAUAUAUUUAACAAAAAAAAAAAAAAAAAACACCCCAAAACACCAGUAUCUUAGAGGCCUCAUUAUGUAAAAGUAGUUUGUUGUCUGACUUUCCAUGAUACUUGCCAUGUCUUCCAUGAUUUGAGACCAUUAACAUCACUUUCCCAAAAUGUAUUAUGUCAAACCUACAGCCCUUUAAAUCAUUGAGGCGGCACUGAGACUAAACCCUCUAGGAACAGGUUAUCUUCUACCCUCGCCCUAUUUUGAGGACAGAGUAGUAAGGGAUUUAAAGUAUUGUAAGUGAAGUCAGAGGCUUUUUCUAAGGCUGCUACUUUCUGAUGAUCAUACAUAAUAUGGUUGUAAUGGUCUCCCUUCGUUAAAUGUGUCAGCUCCUGAAGGGUUGAACCUGUUUGUGAAGGAAAUCUGACACUAACACUACAUUUUGCUGAAGGAACGCCGUUAGGUGGUGUAGAGCAGCAAGCUUAGCCUGAAGCUUACAUUCAGAAUAAAUAUACGCUUUCUUUAGUGAAAUUUCCUCAUUUCUGAAUGAAAUGUGCUCUUCCUUAAGAUGGACAUAUUUAUUUUCUCUGUACAUCUGUACUUAAGGACCUACUGUCUCCUCACAUGUUGCCGUCACUGGUAGUUAUGUGCAUGAUAAGAGAGAUACCUUUAAGGUACCUUUACAAGCAAUACCCCUGAAAAUAUAAAACUUCCCAGUGUUGGGGAUCUCCGUCAUACUGUGUAAGUCCUUCAUUUAGAACCACUACAAUGAAUAUCAUCAAUCUUUGGCUCCAUCCUGUUUUGUUAAUUUCUCUGUGCAUGGUUUUUACUAGAUUUUUACUUGCUUUUUGCAUCAAAAGUAGCUAUAAAUCUUGAUUUUAAAAAUAAAGACCUUGCUAUAAGUAGAAAGUAGCAUUCAGUCCACUCCCUUGCUAUGUCGGGACUGUUCCCUGCAGUGUGUGUUCCUAACGUGUUGUCCAGUUUUAGUUGUAAAUGUCCCAAGCAAUGGGGCUUCCACCACUCUCCACAACAAAUGGGUGACCUCAUACAGAUUUGAGUGUCAACUUAUUUGUUUCUAAAAUAAGAGGCUGAAAAUGCCCUUUUCCAAUAGAAAGGAAUGAAAAACAUUUAUCAACUAUGUCAUGAAAAGGGAACGGACAAUGUUUAGGAACUAGUUAGCUCUAUUUUCUAAUCUGCCAUAGGCAUUCUCUGGGAGAUGCAAGGCCCACUGCCCUCAAAAGCACACCCAGUUCUUGUCAGACUCGCAGUCUCUCUCCUGUGGCAAUAGAGUGCUACCACUAGACCAGCCUGGAAUUGGGUUCAGGUGAGUUUAUGCACAUCGUAGUGGACAUACAGAACUGGAAUUACUAACUUAAAAUGGUGUGUGCAUGUGUGGUGUUGGCAUAAGUUUUAUGACCAUGAUGUUGGUCUAAAACUCAUCAUUUUUGUUUAAAAAGACUUUGGGAUUACAACUCUUGUUUGAGUUUCUUUAAGUGAACCUAUGAAGACUGAGCAUGUAACUUUUUCAUAGAUAUUUGGAAGCAGUUUUUACAAACUACCAUAGAAACCAUAUAAAUAGAAGAGAGCUGGAUGUAAAUCCUUCAGAACCCAGCCACACUUGUACGUUGGCUGGAGUGAGAGACUUUAUUGCUGUAAAAAUAGUUUUGAAUUUUUUUCACACUCUAAAAAAUAUCCUAUUUGAUGUUUUUUUUUUGUCACACUCAACUCUUUGCCUUUUUUUUUUUUUUUUUUUUUAAAUUAGGCUUGGUCCCAAAAGUGGAGAGGGGCAGUUUUAAGCAGGAUUAAAUGUUCCUGCAAAAAUUCUUGCUUAAUCAGUAAUAAAACCCGUGGAAGAGAGUAAUUACUAUAGGAAGCCUACCUGUGCAUUGUGUCCUAUCUCCAAGAGAGGGUCAUCAGUAGUUGUCUAUGGGAUUAUGGGCCUGCUGCCAUCAUUGUUGAGAGACUUAAACCUAUUGCAAUGGGUCCUUCUCAGACACCAGAAGCACCUGAUGAGCCUUUCUACCAAAUUCUGUGGUGACAAAGCUUCCCAGUUUCACCCUCCACACCUGGAAAGAAGUGAACUAUCUUGCACUAUUCCCAGAAUCCUGCAAAAGAUGUUUUGACAUAACAGCACUUGCCAUCAUGUUGAUUUUUAGUUCCAUUCAAAGCACAGAAACCAACUCGUACAAGAGAAAUACAAAAUUUCCAGUAAAGGGAAACAUUUUGUGAGGUUCUUUAAAAAGUAUGUAUAACUGAUUGCCACAGCAAAUUAGCUUGAUAGUGUGCUAUUUAAGAUAUAAAAUUUAUGUAUAAACACACCUUUGAAUAUGUUCAUUUGUUGCUGUACAGGUGUAAUGUAUAUCUAGAUAAUUUUUAACUGGCAAAUUUAAAUUGUAUUUUCAUUACUUUGAGAUUUAAGGAGGGGUUUUUUUAUGUUUACUGGGUUAGGAAAAUAUAAUGGUUGUAUAACUAUGUACAGUUCUUUGGCGUGUACUGCAAAUGCCUUGAAAUUCCAGUUGAAGUAUUUCAAAAUACAUAAAGAAUUUUCCAUUCUAAACCUGUGGCCUUUUAAAUGUGCUAUGCUUUUUUAUGGGGUUUCUAAAAUAUUUUAAUAAUUUUAAAUAAAAUAUUAGUAAGUAAC